UAAUACAUCAGCACUCUGGCAGCACAGCAGAGCCUCACCCAGAACUCACCAGGUCAACAGCUAAUACAAAAGCGAAAAAUUCAAGCAAGUGUCUCAAUAAGUUCUGUUGAAUUGAAUCCCACUAAACUAAGUUUCAUGUAAACUUCUGAGAAUCUCACCGCUUUGAAAAUACUCCAGAAUUCAGCAACAAUCUAAGAAUAGACAUAAUUCAGCAAGAAAUAGAAUCCGCAACAUCUUAUCGCCAUGAAACUCCAUAGUUGGCUACCUCUCUUCAUUUGCUUCGUCUCAAAUAUUUCAGCUAUCACCUGCUGUCUUGACAAUGAAAGAGCAGCCCUGUUAAGUUUUAAAUCCCAUUUGACAGACCCUUCAAAUCGGCUGUCCUCAUGGAAAGGCCGAGACUGCUGCAGUUGGCAUGGAAUUCGUUGCUCCAACACACUCCAUAUCGUCUCAGUUGACCUCCGGAACCCUAAUCCGACAAGCUUCAUAAUUAAUAUGAAUUCUGAACUGGUUUCCAUUUCCAACUCCACAUCUUCUGCACUCACUGGCCCCAUCUCUUCUUCUCUUUUCACCCUUGCUCACGUCCGUUACCUUGAUCUUAGCUUUAAUAACUUCCAGUUUUCAAGAAUACCCACUGGAAUCACAAACCUUACUCAGCUAACUUACCUAAAUCUAUCAAAUUCUAUGUUUAGUGAUUCCAUUACAACCCAACUUGGCAACCUUACAUCUCUAAGAUGGUUGGAUCUUUCGUGUUCUUCGCCGGUGACUGAUUUUUCUUCCAUUUCAUAUAACUUAUCUUCUCAACUGACAGUGCAGGCUGGUGUCGAUUAUACUUACAUCCCUGGUGGAUAUCUUUCUUCUUCGAAUUUGGAUUGGUUGCAGGGGCUGCGCAAUCUCAGGGAACUAUUUUUGACCGGUGUUGAUCUAUCAGAGGCUUCCAAGUUACUUCAAUGGGCUAAUCCUAUAUCGGAUCUUUUCAAUCUUAGAUUGCUUUGGUUGUCUAAUUGCAAAAUUCUGGGGAAGGUUCCUGUAGAUCAGCUUCUCAACCUCACUCAAUUGUCUGUGCUGGUAAUGGAUUUCAACUCUUUUACAUCCCAAAUUCCGGUUCAUUUAGUGAACAUGACCUCUCUUCUAGCCCUUGAUCUCACUACCUCAAACCUGGAAGGUACAAUCCCUUACCUUCCACAACUGAAGGAACUUUAUGCGGGUAAGACUAGUCUUACAAUUGAUUUGAAGUCAAUGUUUGCAGUCCCAUGGCCUCAGUUAGAAAUUUUAGACAUCAGGUCUGCACAAGUUAUUGGUUCUAUUCCACCUUCAUUUGCCAAUACAACUUCAUUGCUCAGUUUCGUAGCCUAUAAUUGCUUUAUAGAGGGCAGCUUACCUUCUUCCAUGACCAACCUUUCCAGGCUAGAAAGAUUGCAGCUUGACUUCAACAGGCUAGCAGGUCAAAUUCCAGCGACAAUAUCCAACUUGAAAAGCCUUGAAUUGCUCUCUUUGAUGCAAAAUUCUUUAGAAGGAACAAUCCCAGAUUCAAUUUGUAAUAUUUCCUCUCUCCAGUAUCUUGCAUUGGCAAGUAACAAUCUCUCUGGAAAAUUACCUGAUUGUAUUACCAAUAUGCCCAAACUUCAGGUCUUAUUUCUUAGUUUGAACUCUUUCACUGGAACAAUUCAGUCAUUGACCUCCUUCUUUAAGAGCUCCAAUCCAUAUAUUUUAGGUCUGGGAUAUAAUAAGCUAACUGUUAAAUUAGACCAGCAGCUUUUUCCUCCCAGCUUCCAGCCUCAAAUCUUGGACCUAAGUUCGUGUAACAUUACUGGUAAGAUCCCAGAUUUCUUAUCCAAUCAGACCCAACUUGCAUUCUUAUCUUUGGCACAUAACAACUUGUUAGGAGCAAUUCCAUCCCGGUUGUUCAAUCUACCAAAGCUCAGUUACUUAGAUCUCUCUUUUAACAGCCUACAAGGAUUUCUGCCAACAAAAAUUCAGAUGAACUCAUUUUUUGGUCCAACAACUUUGAAUUUAGCAAGCAAUCUUCUUGAAGGCCCUGUCCCUUUCCUACUUGAGAACAUAGAUGCCAUCAAUUUGUCUGGAAACAAUUUCACUGGCUUCAUACCACCACAGAUAGGACUUGGGAAUGCAAGAUUCAUAUCAUUAUCGGGUAAUAAACUUUCUGGUCAGAUACCAUUUUCUUUCUGUCAAGAAAAUAAUGCAUUAAUGCUCCUAGAUCUAUCCAACAACAGCCUCUCAGGAGCUCUCCCUGUCAUUUUAGGAAAUUGUACAUCUCUCAGUUUUCUGAACAUUGCACAGAACAACUUGAGCAGUUCAAUUCCUGCAGUUCUAGAAAAUGCCAAAAGUCUGAGCUACUUGGACCUAACUGGCAAUCAUUUUGAAGGGUCUUUUCCAAGUUUUGAAAAGCUUCAAAAUCUUGUUGUACUGAAAAUGGGAUACAAUAAUUUUGUUGGAAAGAUCCCCCAAUUCAUCGGAGACCUCAAGAACCUCCGCAUUCUUGUCCUGAGGUCCAAUUUCUUCAAUGAAUCAAUCCCUCAAGAUAUAAACAAGCUUUGGAAGCUUCAAAUCAUGGACUUUUCAGACAACAAACUCUCUGGCAGCAUCCCUGAGAAACUAGAUGGUUUGAAGACAUUAAUAACUCGACCGACAGAUGGAGACCUUCUUGGUUAUGUCAUUUCAUCAAUGUAUGCCGGUGUAAAGCUAAGCAUGGCAUACAAAGGACUGAUAUACCAAUUUAAUGUGAUCAGGACAUACCACAGUGGAAUAGAUUUCUCCCUGAAUGCUUUGACAGGAAAUAUUCCUCAAGAAAUGAGCUUUUUGAAAGGGCUUGCAAUGCUUAACCUCUCACAUAAUGCUCUCUCUGGGGAGAUCCCGAGUAACAUAGGAGAUAUGAGUGGCUUGCAGUCGCUGGAUCUUAGUUUCAACGAAUUGACUGCAGGAAUCCCAGAAUCCAUAAAUCUUUUGGACUCCCUUGGCAUCAUGAACUUGUCCUACAACAACUUGAGUGGCAGGAUUCCACCAGGGACAAAGUUUGACACAUUGUAUGAGGAUGGUUGGGCCUAUGUAGGGAACAAGUAUUUGUGUGGUGCACCUGAUGCCAUUAUAAAUUGCAAUAUCAACGAUGGCUCAUCUGAGCAAGAACCUGCAAGUGAAGAGGAUGCCAGUGAAAAAUGGUUGUUCAUUGGAAUUGUGGCAGUUGGCUAUGUUGUUGGUUUCUGGGGACAUUUUGGGGUUCUGAAAUUGUUGAAAAAGCGAUGGAGAGAGCGGUAUUGGAUGGCUAUUGAUAAGAUGGCAUCAAGAAUUACUAAAUCCAGUUAAGAAAGAAAAAGUAAUCUAUCGUUAUGCAUCACCAUUUUGUACCAAUUUAUGAUUGUACCAGCUGAUGUGAUUAGCAUUACGAAAUUAGUGAUCUUAUUCUCUAUAUCAUAUUCCAUUAUUAAAAUGUGCAAGAUUUUAAUGAAUUGAAAUAAAAUUAAUAAUUGCAGACUA